UACAGCAACACCACAGAACAAAGCAGCAAUUUUAGCGCUCACAAUGACAAACGCAUAAUAUGGAAGUGGUAAUGGGGACUUUACACACAUAUACAUAAACCUGAGGAGACAACAGUAGAAUGUGACUCAACCGUGAACGUAAGAACAGAGGUCAAGAUGGUUGAAGCUUCAAAGGGCUUGCUCUCAAUCAUACAGAAACUGAAAGGAUCUUCAGAGGUGGAGUUGAGGAUAGUUCUGUUGGGUUUAGAUAAUGCUGGCAAAACCACCAUCCUCAAGUGUCUGGCCUCAGAGGACGUCAACACCAUUACACCAACACAGGGCUUUAACAUCAAGAGUGUGGCCUCUCAUGGCAUGAAACUGAACAUGUGGGACAUCGGAGGACAGAGACAGAUCCGUCCCUUCUGGAAAAAAUACUUAGAAAACACAGAUUUGUUGAUUUAUGUCAUAGACAGCUCUGACAAGAAGCGGUUUGAGGAAACAGGACUGGAACUAUCAGAGCUGAUAGACGAGAAAAACCUUGCAGGCGUUCCUAUCCUCAUCUUUGCGAAUAAGCAGGAUCUGGCCACAGCGUCCCAAGCCAGUGAGAUUGCUGAGGGUCUGAACCUGCACACAUACAGAGACAGAGUCUGGCAGAUACAGGCCUGUUCUGCAGUCACAGGAGAGGGUGUACAUGACGGUAUGAACUGGAUCUGCAACAACCUCAUCAAAAAGUGAAAACGUUCUGCUGGGACCGUGGGCAGUCCAGUUCUGUUCGUACAAACAUGACCUCUCUGUGCAAUAACCACACGUUACAUAAUGUUACAUUCUGGUUUGCAUAUAAUCAGUAUAAUAUACUUUAAGUACUGUGCUCAAUGUUGAUCCUCACUGAAGGGGCUCCAAAGGUUUUUGGUGUCAAUUAUAAUUUGCAUAAAUGGAAAUGUGUAGUCAUUUUAUAUUGUAGUGAAAUUAAUAUUUGAAAGACAGUUAUGAUAUGUACAUUUCUAAAUGUUUGCUGUUAGAGGUGCAGUUAACCAUGUCAGGUUGAGUGUAUGAAAAGAAAAAUGACUUGAGAGAUUUCGAAUUUUUCUCAUUAAAGCUUCAUUGA